AUGUCUGGUUGCGACGAACAUGAAAUAGCAGACUUCUCUAGGGUCGUUGGAGGACAGACGUUGCAAGUGAAUGCUCUCCUGAUAGGGAAUACCAUCCUAAUGGGGGUCAUGGUCGGGAUAGGCGCUUACGGCCAUCACUACCGCCACCAUCCAUUGACUCGCUUCCUCUUCCUUGGUGCCACCAUAUUAUUCUUACCCAUCGUCUCCUACAUUGUAUCCAUCACUAAUAAUCAGAAUAUUGUGACUGUUCUCUCCAGUAGAAAUAGAAUGGUGACAGGGUUGUGUCGAAGCAAUCACAGAUUUAUGGUCUUAUUAUGUGCUACCGUUGUUCAGAUUGUUGGUAUCAAUACCACCGCAAUCGUUGCCGCUGAUGUUAGAGAAGGUCGAAGCAUUCCUCCCCCUACAGUACUACUUGUGCAAGCAAUAUGGACUACCUACCUUGGAUUCAACAUCAUAAAAGGUCCAAAUGCAAUGUCCCUACAAAAUGCCAUCAAAUAUAUAACAUUGCUUGCCAUUUUUUCACCAUUUCCACUUAUCUUUGCCAAAAUAGUCUUGAAGUAUUAUGCCUGGUACCAUGCCAAACAAUCAUUUGCAUUUGGACGCAAUCCUCGUCUUAUUGUUGGAUACAUGGAGCAGCUACCAGAUAGAAGUUAUCAUGCUGAGGUGGCCGGUGAGUAUACACCUCCCCUACUUAUUGUUUCAAGGGAGGACACUAUGUUGGUAGAGAAGCAGCCCCAUGGUUACCGGAUGUGCAAUACAGCUGAUAGGACAAGGAUAAACAACAACGCGGACUUAGUGACCAUUGACAAAGUUUGGGAGUUGGAUGUCAUUCUUCUCAAGUCAAAAACUCAGUUCGAAGAUCUAUGUUUUUCAUUUGCAUUGUUCAAGAUGUUACGGUGUCGUUUUGCAAAAUAUACCGUCACUGAAGCUGGAUUCAUGAAGGCUCAAAACUUCUUAUGGCAUGUGCUGCUCGAGGAUAGUGGUGAUACGCAGAUACUGGGGGUGAUUGCAUCUGAGCUUUCUUUUCUUCACGAUUAUUAUUAUUCAUCCCUUCCAAUCUCAUACUCCAAGAGCUGGAUACCAAUCUGGAGCAUAUCCAUUUCCAUCUUAAGCAUUGGUUACUGCUUAUUUAUCACAAUGAUUUUGAUGGCAUAUCUCGUGGCAAGUGGAGUGGCGAGUGGAGUUGAAUGGCAGGUUCUUUGUCAAGUAAAUUGCAUGGGAAGUCCCUAUGGAACUGGUGAUACCAAACAUUUUGGAAGUGUGUGGUUUGAUGUAUUGCCAUUGCUUUCACUUGGUGCAUUAGUCAUGCUUUCUGAAGCGAGGGAAAUUGCGUCCUACAUCUGCUCUGACUGGACUAAAGUAGCCUUAUUGUGCCACUAUAUUUCUUCGCGUGAAUAUCCUACAUUGCCAAAAUGGAUUGGCUUAUUGUUGCAGUGUAGAUGCAAGCUAGUGGAGCCUUGGCAGGAUAAAAUGAGCCAAUGCUCAAUCCUAGUGCUCCGCCGAAGAAAAACUCCAUUGGCUAUCCUCAGGCGUCCCAUUCCUCUGCCUGAGCAAAAGAAGAACGUUAAGGUACCCAGAGAAGUGAAGGCUGCCAUUGUCAACACACUGAGAAGCAUCAGGGGAGAUCUGAGAAACGGCAUGAUGUCUCUGCAGCAGUUGGGCAUUCAAGUUGGUGGCAACUUCCUCCAAGCAUGCAAUGCCAAAGGUACAUCCGACGCCUUGCUUUCUUGGCACAUCGCCACAAGCAUCUUUGAGGUGAGGUACCCACACUCAACAACUUCUGGCCAUGCAAGUGUCGCCACCCACUUGUCACGCUAUUGCGCCUACCUGGUGUCAUAUUCUCCGGAGCUACUUCCUAAUGACGAUGCAUGGAGCAAUAGCAUGUACAAGGCCACCAAGAAAGACGCCGAGCGCGUCCUCUCAGGCCGCAUCGCCAAGCCAACACCGGAGCUGCAAUAUCGACACUUGGUGGAGCUGCUGACUGCGAGAUCCAAGCAUGAGGUGCUCAAGGACGGUGCAAAGCUCGGCGAGCAACUGGUGGAGUUCAUGGAAGGGGAGGAGGCGAGGUGGAAGGCUCUGGCUGAAUUUUGA